AUGUCUCCUACUAAUACUACUACUCCUACAACUACGACUCCGACUGUUCCUCCUCCUCCUCUGGUUUGUGCCAAUGGUGGGACAGUCCUGAUGGGAGUCUGUAUCUGUCCUGACGAUUGGACGGGAGUCACCUGCUCAGAAGCUGGUAAACCGCUGGCUUUGACCAGAUGUUUAACCAAGGAGGGACCGCGGUUCGAGCGUCCACAACGCUUCCAGUGUACCCAGACGCUCAGCGACAUCCAGCAAAAUCUCACCAGCCUCACCGAUUUAGAGUCGCUGGCGACCAGCACUCAAAUUCUGACCUCCAAACCCGAAGAGCUGACGGCCGAAAACAUCACAGUGGCGGCUCAGAUCGCCAACGCGCUGCUCCUGUCUCCGAACGUCACUGAGAGCGUCAGGGUGGCGGCGGUCGCUACAGUCAGCCAGCUGCUGAACGCCAGCGCUCCGGACGACAGCGCGGAGAACAACGCCACUCUGGGCCUCACGGUGACCCUGGACCAGCUCUCUGUGAACCUCAGCCUCACUCUCAACGCAGCUCAGUCUCAGGUGGUUCAACCAAACCUGGUGGUCCAGUCAGCACAGAUCCCCGCUGCCGACACUCAGGGAGUCCGGUUCACCUCUCUCUCAGGAGGCUCGAGCAGUUUCACUGCCAACCGGAUUCAGCUGAGCACCAACGCGUCGAGCGUGGCUUUGGAAAAUGGGCUCGUGGCCGACGCCCUGAUAUACGUACGAUUCCCACCAGAAGCAGUCCGUGGUCGUCGGGAGCCGUCGAACGUCUCGGUGGGUUUCGUCCUCUACCAGAACGACCGUUUCUUCAGGUCCAGACGCCACAGCAGACAGCGGGCCGCUGUCAGGGUCCUGUCGGCCAGCGUCGGAGGUCGGGAGGGGACCGUGGAGAUGCUGUUCAGACCGACUAUGGUGGCGGGAGCGUCGCUGUACGACUUCGCCUGCGUUUUCUGGAACUACAGUCUGGGGGACUGGAGCACCUUCGGCUGCUCGAAGGGAAACGCUUCGGACGAACUCCUGACGUGUUUCUGCAACCACACCACCAACUUCGCUGCUCUCUGGUCAUUCAGAGAGGAAUACCAAUAUGCAGAAGCUCUGGACUGGAUCUCCAUCGCUGGACUCUCUUUUUCUAUUCUGGGUUUGGUUGUAACCAUCAUUCACCACAUCAAAGAGAAAUUUCACAGCGGCUCCACGACGGCUCUGCUGUCCAUCUGCGUCAGCCUGCUGGCCUUCAUCAUCACCUUCCUCUCUGGAGUCCAGAACUCCGGCAGACAGAGCGACACCCCGGCGGAGGCCGACGCUCAAACCAACUCCAUCCCGAACUCCGAGGAGCACGUGGAGCCGGACCGAGGCCCGUGCUCGGCGGUGGCGGCUCUGCUUCACUUCUUCCUGUUGGCCACCUUCGCGUGGAGCAGCCUGUACGGCACGGAGCUGGUGCUGCUGGUCCGGACCGUACGCACCAGUCUUCCUCCACACUGGAGAGCACUCAGUCUGGCUGUGGGAUGGGGAGUGCCGGCCGUCGUCGUGGCAAUCACGCUGGGCGCCACCUACAGGGUGGACGAUCCUCUGGGAUACAGACAGGAGGAAUUCUGCUGGCUCGCAGCUCUGGAUAAGGACAAACAGUUUGACUUUGGGAAGCCGAUGUUUUGGGGCUUCCUCCUUCCAGUCGGUCUGAUCCUGGUCUACAACGGCGGACUGCUGGUUCUGGUCUCUCUGACGACGUGCAGGACGGACUCCAAUCUGAAAAGCUCCAGUCGUUUGUCUCUGUGGAAGAAGUCCCUCAUCAGUUUGUCUCUGGUGGUCUUACUGGGUCUGUCCUGGACUCUGGGGUACCUGGUGCUCGUCACGACGGGAGAAACCCACCUGGCCUUCAGCGUCGUCUUCUGCCUCUGUACGACCACACAGGGCUUUCAGAUCUUCAUCCUCUUCACAGCCAGGACGGAGACCUUCAGAGCCGCCGUGUCUCGCUCGGUUCAACAGGUCUUGCAGCUCAGCUACAGAACGUACAGUCUGUCGAGGUACUCUGGGAAGAGUGCCAGCUCCGGGUUUUACAGAGACCUGCAGGACCUGCAGCAGUCCGGCUCCAUCGGCCGGGGGCAGCUCUGA